AUGAAAGUCUUUAAACUAAGGAAUCCCGCGGGAGUGACGUCACCGCGGCGGAUUCCCUCUGGACAACGGCCCAGCGGCGCCAAGCCAGGAACGGAACGGCUGAGCCGGCAGGAACUCUCCUCAAAAAACGGCGAGGGGAAUCUCAUCCACAGAGCCGAUGAGACUGGCCGGGGAUCGUCACGACAGGUGACAGAGCUGGAGUGUCAGAGUACCCAGACUCCGGUGAUCAAAUCCCAGAAAACCGAACUCAACCAAACCAUAGAGGAGCUGGAGAACACACUAAGGGAUAAAGAAGAGGAAAUAGAAAAGUUGAAAGAAGAAUUGGAAACCAUGAAUGAUCUCAUGGAGCAGAAAGACACUCUAACCCAGAAUCUUGAAGAGACAGAGCUUCGCAGCAGGGUGCUGGAGGAGCAGCUGGCAGGAGCAGAGCAGCGACUACAGGAGAACCAGGAGGAGCAGGAGAACUUCAGGAAGAGCCUACGAACGCUGCUGGAGCUGCUGGACGGCAAGAUCUUUGAGCUGACGGAGCUCAGAGACACCCUGGCUCGACUCAUAGAGGAGGCCAGCUAGAGACUGAGCUGCCCGAUCCCCACAGACAGAGCCAUAUGAUAAUUUUAGUACCCUCACACCUCUAUCUCAACAAAAUCAAUCCUACCCACAAUGCCUGACGUUUCUCCUUCAUUCAUUCACACUGAGACACUGCACUGCCCGAUUUUAAAUAUGCUCAAAAAUGGUGCAGCUAGUUCCUGGGGUUUUUUCAAGCUCAGUGUGGUGUGGAUUCCUGACACAAGGCCAAACCAACGCAUCUUUGUAAAUAAGAAUAUUACUAUGUGUGUCAGCGUGUGUGUGUUUUGUGCAGUGGGAGAAAAGGUUUUUUGGACACAAAGGCUGACAUGCACUCACUGAGGAAUACCAGACAUGCUCUGUGCGACACCUCUAUGUAACUCUAUCAGGUAUUCUACUCAGUGGAGUCAUGCAGAGAGGUCAAACUGUCAACCGCUAAACUGUGUGGCAGCCCUGUCUCAUCAAAGUAAAGCAUCACAAAAGGCCUUUGGAGCGCCACCUACAUGUUUUUUUUUGUGAAUAUCCACCCUCGGUGAAAGCAGGCCGCAGAUUUUUACUUGUCUCGGGUAAAUUCAGAGCACUAAGUUUCUAUUCAUCUUUUUUAUACAUAGAUUAUAACACUGACUAUAUAAAUAUAGAA